UGAUCCUGCAAGAACUGCAACACAAGAUCCAACAUGAUACCUUCAGUUACACUCAACAAUGGAGCAAAGAUGCCCAUUGUGGGUCUCGGAACAUGGAGGGGUAAGCUAAGUCUUAUUAUCAGAGAUAAGAACAUUUCAACUUCAUGUUUUGACUUUCACUUUUCACCUCACUUUGUAUUUUAUGUUUUGCCACUGCAGUCAGGGGAUGAGUUGUUUCCACUUGAUGAGCAUAGCCAGCUCAUUUCUGAUGGCAGCAACUUCUUGGACACUUGGGAGGCCAUGGAAAAGCUGGUGGAUGCUGGGUUGGUCAAGGCUAUCGGCAUCUCCAACUUCAAAAAAUUCCAGAUUGAAGCCCUACUCAACAAGCCAGGCCUCAGGUACAAGCCUGCCACCAACCAGAUUGAGUGCCACCCGUACCUGACCCAGGAGAAGCUGAUCAACUACUGCCACUCAAAGGGCAUCUCAGUGACAGCUUACAGCCCCCUGGGCUCUCCUGACAGACCCUGGGCUUCAUCUGAUGAUCCCUCUCUGCUGGAGGAACCUAGGAUCAAGGCUAUUGCUAACAAGUACAACAAGACUCCAGCGCAGGUAACAAAGAAAAGACCUCUUUCCCUUCCUUUUUCUUGGAAAAAUAAGGCCAACAUUUGUAUUAUUACCUCCACCAAGGAGGUUGUGUUUUCGGUUCAGAUUGUCCGUUUGUUUGGUUGGUUGGCAGCAGGAUUACAGAAAAACCUGUUCUUUUUCUUUCAGUUGUUUGACUUUGAGUUGAGUGAAGACGACAUGAAGACCAUGCUAAGCUUCACCGAGAAGAGAGCAUUCAAACUACAAUGGGCCUCAUCACACAAAGACUACCCCCUGAAUGCAGAAUACUAGCUCAUCACACAACAUGCUGCACCGUUUCUGCCUUGCUUCAACUAUUAAGCCUUCUUUAUAUUCAGAAUCUACACACUGUUAUCAAACUACUACCCGGUUAAUGUAAGAGCCUAACUUUUUAUGUUUAGCUUCUACUGAACCAUUUUUGUAUAAUUCUCGCUAUUGAAACAAUUAACUCAAUGAAUGUACUGAACACGUAGGUUGCGUGAAUAAACAUCUUUUUUUUACAUCCUGUUUUUUUAGGAUGUAGUAAUUAUUUCACAGUUACCUUAUACAUAAAUUGAUAUGUGGCCAAAUUAACAGUACCUAUUCCCACAGAAAUAUGAAGCUUUUUUUUUAACUGGUCAUCAGAUGCAAAUAUUUACAUGUUGAUGCACCAAACCAAAAUCUUCUAGCAGGUGCCAAUUGAAAAAUAAGAGGGGAACGGACUGGAAUUGAGAAAAAAAAGAUAACUUUAUAUUUAUGAGAAUAGUUGUUCUGCUUUUAGGCAGGCUGAGCAAAUGUUUUUAAUUUGUUUUUAAUGUGUAUUGUGUAUGUGAAAUACUCUGAAUUGCUAUUCUGUAUUAAAUUUGUGUUAGAAUUACACUUGUUUGCCUGUCACGUGAAUCUCAUUCUUUUUCUGACAACCAAAACAGUACACCACACGUUUGUGAUCGUGGUAACUAUUUGACUUGCUACAAUAUUGACAUUGCGGCUAAA